CAGGAACGAGGGGAACCACUUCCGGGUCUGGAAAGCAGCACUCAAGUAUCCACGUGAAUUGUCCAAUAGGUUACAAAACGGAUUCCGAUGAGGACGUGGUUUUCGUUUCUGAAAAGGGUGUAGCUUCAUCCAGAGAGAUCAUCUUUGAUCAGACAAAGCGACUGGCCCUGCAAAGAGAUAUUGAUCAGCAGUCGCAGCCCAAGCAGCCAACCAAACCUUUGACAAGCCUGAGGUCUGUUGCCGUCGAGGGGCCAGGGGAAAGGAUGACAAUGAAGGUGGAAGAAGACAAAAGUGAGGGGAAAAUUGUGAAGAAGAAGAAACAAAAGAAAGAACAGACAUCUCUGCCUGAAAAAAACAAGUGUACUGUUGAUGACGGGAGCCUAGCCGAGGAGAAAAAAGGAAAGAAGAGUAAAAAGGUUAAAGCAAUAACUCUGGAUGUUGAGCCUUUAAAUGGAGGUGUUGAAAAGGAGGAGAAGAAGAAGAAAAAGAAAAGUAAAACUGUUAAAGAACCUCUGAAUGAUGCUGACGUUUCUGAUGUCAAGAGUGGAAAUGACGAAGGCAUUAGGAAAGAGAAGAAGAAGAAAAAGAAGCUGGCUGAUGAUGAGAAUGGAGUGGAAACUGCAGAGAGUUCAGUGAAAGAAGAAGUGGAACAGAGAGUAAAGAAGGAGAAGAAAGUAAAAAGUAAGUCUGUACAAGCUAAAUCAGAACAUUUAAAGCUGAAGAAAGAGGAGGUGGAGGAUGAGCUGCCAAAGAAAGCCAAGAAGGCAAAAAAUAGUUUUUUAGUUGAAGGCACAGACACAGAGGAAAAAGUAAAAGACAAGAAGAAAACUAAAACCACAAAGGAUGAGACGGUAAAAGCUGAAGAGGAAGAUGUAAAAAGUGUAAACGAAAAGAAGAAGAAAGCUAAAACAAAAGUGGCUGAAGACGUGAUGAAGGUAGAAACCCUGGAGACUGAGACUGAAGAGCUAAAAGUGAAGAAGAAGAAAAAGAAGUCCCAGGCAAACGAAGCAGGAACCCCUCAGAUCAAAGGCAAAAACAAAACAAGCAAAGUGAACAAAGAUGAUAUCCUCAACGAGAAAUCCACAGAGAGCCAGACUGUUAUUUUUAAGGAGGAGAAAGUGGAGCUAAAGAAAAAGGGAAAAAAGGAUAGGACAGCUUCUGUGGAGGUAAAGGAAGAAGAGGAGACUGAGCCCAAGAAGAAGAAAAGGAAGAAGAGAGCGGAGGAAGAACAACUAGAGGUCGAGUGUGAAGAAGCUGAGACGCAGAGUGUGGACACGAGCAAAAAAAGGAAAAGGAAGAAGAGCGCCGUUAAGGAGGAAACGCAGGAUGUGAGCGUUGAAACCAGCGUGAAAAAGAAGAAAAUAAAAGAAGAGGUGAAAGAUGAACAUGAGGUUCCCCAAACAGAUGUGGUCUUUCUGUCAGAGAAAUCUGGAAAUACUGACGAGGUCACCAUAAACCAGGAGAGAAGACAGGCUUUACAAAUGGAGGUUGACGAGGCGUCUCAACCUAAAAAAGCAGCCAAACCUGUGGGUUUCGGUCAGUGGAGCACAGCACAGUUUGACAACUCGGAACAGCAGCAGAAGUUCCUCCGAUUGAUGGGAGGCUUCAAAAAGGGUUUCCAGCCGGCUUCAGGGAGCACUGGGGGAGCAAACAUGGCACUGGGGAAAAACGACCAGCAAAAGUUGCAGCAAGGGCUUCUGGGACAGUUUGAACGCGCUCAAUCGCGCAGAAUGGACUUUAAUAACAAGGGCUCAGGACUCGGGUUCUCCGCACCGUCCAACAAGAAGUUCGCCAUUGAUAUCAAUGCGUCUAGAUCCGUUCGCUUUGAUGAUUGAAGUGUGUAUUUGUACAAAUGUUGCUGUUCUUUUCUUUGUGUAGUUUUAAUUGUGGAUUCACAAAGUGUGCUCAAGUUCAUUAGGAAACUCAACUCAUAGUGGACUACUUCUGUAACUUGAAUAUAAACGAUGACUUGACUUUGAAUGCUAUUUGUACAUAAUGUACAUUAAAAAUCUGAAAUCUUUUUAAACUGGA